ACCACCCCUCGAAUGCACGGGCCCCUACCCCUGGCCCCGCCCCUGGCUCCACCCCAGUGGUUGGCCCCGCCCUGUCGACGCAGCGGACUAUGUACCCAGGCCCCACGCUGCCUCCACCCCCGCCACUGACAUCCAACAGCGGCAGCAGCGUAGUGCCGGGGAUCAGCAGCACUGGGCCGGGCCAGCCAGGACCCCCCCAGCCGCCACUGCCAUCGCAGCAGCAACCGCAGCAGCAACAGCAACCACCGCAUCAUCAGCAGGCCCAGUCAGCGCACGCAAGGGGCGAGCCAGGAUUCAGCUAUAAUCCUUCAAAUCCACAGCGCGAGAUCCUUCAGCAGGAGCUGAACAACCGUUUUCUGGCUUCCAAUGACCAAAGGAUGAACGUCGGUCCGCCGCCCUACAUGCGACAGGAGACCCACAUGCACCAGCACCAACACAUGCAUCAGCAUCAGCACACGCACCAGCAUUCCUUCUUGCCACCACCUGGGGGCGCUCUGGUACCCACACCCGCACCGCACAUGUUUGACAAUUAUUCUGAAAUAGAUCCGGGAUUUUUGCACCGCCAUCUUGGGAUUGGCUAUCCUCCUGGCAUGGCACCCAUUCUUCCACCCACCAGCAUGGCCAACAGCUUCGGAUCAGGAGCAUUCCAGCCCAAGCAAGUUCCAGCGCCAGAGAGUCGGUCAGUGUUGGAAGGGGCGUUACACUUCAAAGGAGGGGUGGAUCGACCCCCGGCACUGCCGCUGUCUAGGUUAUCUAUGAUGAAACCCGGCAAGUGGUGCGCUGCUCAUGUCAAUGUGGCAUGGCUGAUCUAUCAUCAACAGCAAAAGGCCAAGGCUGAUGCACAGAAGGAUCAGCUAGGCAAGGCUGAUCUGUUUGGCGGCCGGCCACCGAGUCAUCUGUUCUCUCCCCACAGGCCGCCAGAUUUGCCCAUGCAGCCCAAUCUCUUCCCUCAUGGUGCACCUGGAGGACCCCACAACCCCUUAGGAGCAAACCCCCACCAUGGACCCUUCCUCAACUCCUCUCCCGGCCAGUUUGGUCUACCGCCAGUAGCCCGACCCGGCAACUACACUCCCAGCUUUGGCUUUCCCUUGGGUACACCCGGUUCCAACCCGGCGCACCUGAGCAGCUUCUUGAAUGGUCGAGAGAUGCUGGGUGUUCCUCCUGGCCUGGUCAGCCCUCACCCUGCCUCCUGGAACCGGCUUCACCGUACCCCACCGGGCUUCCCUGCAGCAGGUCCCCCGCCCUGGGCCAAGCCUGAUACCGAGCGGGUGAAGGAAGGAUUCCACCUCGACUUGGAUCGGGAGCGGGCUAAGGAGGAAGAAAGGAAUCGAGAACGGGAACGAGAGAGAGAACGUGAAAAGGAACGGGAACGGGAAAGGGACAAGGAAAGAGAAAGGGAGCGGAGAGAGAAUGAAUCGAGACCAGGCAAGAAAGAGAGAAUCUCCCCUUUAUCACAUAGCUGGCCCAACGAUUUGGAGCAUCGCCGUGAGGAGCGAGAGUCCAGUAGAACUGUCCAGAACCAUGACAGAGGGCUGUCGCGGGAUGGCGACCACCACUCACGAGACCAUGACUCAAGGUUAGGGUCGGCCGAGCACAACAGGAGUCGGGAGUUUACCUCCAGAUCCCCAAUAAGGGACUCGCAUUACCGGCCCAGCAGUGACAACCUGCACGCCAGCAAGGCAGAGAGUGCAUUCAACAAUGUGCAUGGGUUGUUAGCCGGGAAAGAGGAGCGGAAGGAGACAGGAACCUCAGAGAAGGAACGAGCGUUACACAACUCGCAUACUUUGCAUCCAGCCAUGAGCAUGGCACCGGGGAUGUCUCUCUUUGAGCGGAGCCGCAUUGUGGGGCAAUUAGGACCCCAGCUGCACCCCAUGGAGAGGCCACCAGCACCAGGACUCUCCCCCUGGGACCCGUUUGGCCGGGGACUAGAAGCCCUGCAGCUGCAGCGUGAGCAGGGGCUCGUCCGGCCUGAUCCCCGGGAGUAUGAGCGUGACCGCAUGAUGCGGGCCACGCUCCAGCCCAUGGGUCCGCUGGUGGACCAUGAACGAUUCCGGGACCGGGAGCCACACGACUUUACGCGGGACAACCCCAUCGGCUUGGAUCCACUGCGCCGACUGGAGCAGGAACGCAUACAGCAUUACAUGGAAGAGCGGGAACGCAUGAUACGUGAUGAGGCCGAGCGUGCCCGAUUACUCCAAGGGGUGGACCCUGCCCUCUGUCUGCAACCGAGACACAUGGGCUUGAUGCCCCCCGUCUCAUCUGGACUAUUCCGAAAUGGAAUGAUGUAUCCAAACAGUGUUCACAGGAACGGUUCCCCGUCCACAGCCCCACAGCCUCCCCCACUGAUCCCAUCAACAAGUGUCGGUUUAAAUCCAGCUUGUCCACGAAGUCGGACAUCCUCUCCAAGCCUGGCGUUGCCUCCCAGUGCACGGAACUCAUCCCCAGCUGAGCCCUCUGCACCCAAAGACAAACAUUUGGAAAAGGAUGCUCAUUCAAGAUAGACGGACCCUGUCCAUUUUUCUAUUUGCCAUUUGGUUUCUUUUUAUAAGUGCAAAGGGUGAAAAACUGUCGAGUUUUUGAGAAUGCUGAAACAAACAUCUGUGCAUAAAAAAUGUGCUUGGAUGUCUGGCUAGAGCUUCAUUGCUUGAAUCUUUCAAGACUGACACAGCUGCUUGGAAAGAACCUUGGUCACAAAACUCUCAGAGAUUUGUCUCAGUCGUGCUCAUCUUCUUUCCAAUAUCUACUACUUUCAUUUGGUUGCUUUUAGUAAAUGUAGGUUUUUAUAGCAAACUUAAGGUAUAUAUCUGGUUGUUUAUACAUGAGGCAAGAAUUCCAUAUUUUUCAUGGCAGUUUUUGUUGCAGGAAGACUUUUUAACUUCAAUCUUUUUAAGAGAAUUAUUGUAACUUAAGCCUUCGGAUACACAUCAAUAUUUUUAGAAAUGUAUCCUUAAUGGUACAUCUGUACAAUCAAAUGAGUUAAAAUUUUUGUUUUUCUUGUUAAAUCUAUGACAUUGAGACUACUGGAUGAACGUCAGAACCAACCUCAACAUCGGGAGAGGAGCAUGCUAGAUCGUCAUUUUUUUUUUCUGUUUACAGUGAAACUGUUGAACAUUUUUGGGCUGAAAUGGAAAACACUGUAAAGUCUUAAGUUGAGCAUGGUGAUAAACAUCUGAAAUAUGGCCCUUGUGCAGAGAUCUGUUGAGAGGGUUUGCAUAUGGUGUCUGCUCAAUCUCGGGGUUUUUUUUUGUGUGUUUGACACAGAAGUCCCCUAAAAAAGCAAAGGACAGGUAUUGGUGUGUUUAAGUUUUUGUGGGUUUUUUUUUUGUUAACAGAAGGCUAGACCCAGUGGCUGUGGCUCCAACGGGACAUUGUAUGUGUGGCCAUCAAAGCCACUAGCUAUUGGCUAGAGUCACUUCCUAUGGAUGUGUUUUACUCCCGGCAGAAGCCAGGACCAAGGGUUUUCAAAGAUUUGUAUACUCCAUGCAUGCCUCCACCCUCUAGUGGCUAAAUGAACUCGCAGCCUCAACCAGGAGCAAGUUGAUGAAGAACCUCUCAUCAAUUGAAGUUGAUUUGUAACUUAGUGGCUUCCACCCGUGCACUAUUUGUGUAGUGCGAACAUCUCUGGUCAAACUAUGGUCCAACGUCGUCAUGGCUAGGCAAGAAUCCUUGUGCCCUGAUGUACACGGCGAUAUUCACAGCACUUGAAUUUAGUGAUGCAACCAACCUUUGGUAGAUCGGUCCCAAAUAGUCAACCUGACUGGGUAGCCAUCUUUGACAAGCGUGCAGUGGAUCAUGGGCCAUGUUUGUUUCAACACAUCUGGAUCACGAUCGGUGACCCAUUGGUGGUUUACAGACACCAAAACGCACCUAAUGGAUGGUGCAAACCAGUGUUAGGGAUCACUGAUCGCAAUCCAAAUCUGUGUGAAACAAACAGGCCCAUAAUCUGUAACUGUGUUUGGAUUUGUUUUCCCACAGUGAUCUAUAACAUAUCUCUUUUCCGAUGCCUGCAAGUCAUAACCCAACUUGAUAUGUUUUGAAGAAAAGGAAACACCUUUCGUGUCACGUGAUUUGUCACUAAUGAUGUCAUCAUGACAUAAUGCCAAUCAUUCUGUCAUUCUAGUAGAUUUCAGACUUGCACCCUGACUGACACACUGUAUCAUAGAUUCUUUUACUGAAAACACAAGGAUAAUGCUUCAGUGUUCAGCAAGACAAAUCUUGAUUUAAUGUUUGCUGAGAUAGAAAGAGAAUGUGGAACAGCACACAUGGUAUCCAAUUUGUAAUCGUCAGUUCUCAUUCCAAACUUUUCCUAUAUUUUGUUUGAGUAUCUGCCUUUAUUUAUACUUGCAGUUAGAUUACUUGAUACACAAUCCUCUCGUCACAAAAAUGAGCAACAUUGUUUCAGGUAAAUAGCAUGUGCUUGUACGCCGAAGCAAGUGACAAAAUUGUGUGCUUAUAUGUGAUUUCAGGUGCACAAUAAUAAUUGUAAAAUAUGUUGAAUUGAUUUCAGGUGAAUUCUCGUUUUGAAGGCAUUUUUUUUAUGAAUCUUUUUAAAGCAUUCUUUCAAAGUAUGAAAUAAUCUAAUCAAACUGCACUUUGGUUGUUUUGCCAUUUCUCCCCCCCGCUGGUAUGAUGCCAGCGUUUGUUCAAAAUGAGUAACUUUCAAGCAUUAUGGUGAACUGUACAGUUGUAUGAUAUUUCCACAUUGGAAGGAGGUGUAAGAUAUUUGCAUAUUGAAUUUGCAUAUUUAAUGUGAUUGGUUGAUUUAGAAUGGUGUCAUUUCAGCUGCUAAGAAAGUAGAUCAUGUGUUCUUGAUGUUAGAGAUUUAUUAGACUUGCUCAAGACAGCUGUCUCAGUAUGGUCCACAAACUGAACAAAUGUUCCAUAACAGAUUGUUGGAACACUCUUGAGCAGGUCAAGACCAAAGAAAUGAACAAUGUUGGGGACACUAUCAAACUUGGCUGACUAAAAAUGUCUUUGUUAUUGUUAGUAAAAAAAUUUAUCUCCUUUUGUACAAAAAUUAUCUGCCUUUUAGUGGCAGCCGUUUGUGUAUAAUAGAAAGGAACUUCUUUUUUUCUAGAUAGAUAAAAAGUUAUAUGUUAUUGUUGAAAAGAAUGUGACACCCACUCAAAAAAAAAAUCUUGUCAACUCAAUUUAUGAAUUAUUUUGUAGCUUUGGGUACCAUUCAUAUAGGUGCCAAGAACAAUAAAAUAUUGAAAAAAGUGAACUCCUAA